CCAGCUGUACGCAGUGGGUUUAUGUCAUGUGGACCCCAUGUUUGGUCUUCCUGUAAUAAUUUUAACUCUUCCCCAAUAAUGUCGGCGGCUUUCUCCGUCGUCGCAUGACCAUUGAUGCUCGAAACUCUUUAGCUUCUUCUGUAACUUCUCAAAGGGAGAGAAGCCUUCUUUAUUCAAAGAGUGGAAUGCAUCACUCAGUCCCUGAAUCUGUGGAAAACAAUGGUGGUUCAGUCCCUGUUGAUCAUCAUGAGGUUGUGAAUCACAGAUCAUCUGCAAAUGGAUCACCUCAACGAUCGAACAGCGUUGAUAGUUUAAAGGUCGAAACUCCGACGAGGAAAGGUUUUGGUUUGAAGAAAUGGAGAAGGAUCAAAAGAGAUGGUCCUGUGAAGGACGAGGCUACUACUACUACUACUACUACACCUGCUGGUGAUGAUGGUAGUAAAUUGCUGAAGCGUGGAUUGACUGGUUUGGCGAAUCCUCCUUUGAAACAUGUAGACUUGUCUUCCGUUGAAGCUAGGCAGAGUAGUGAAGGCUCUGUUGGGUCUGUGAACAUGGCGGUCCAUCAUCAUCUUCAAGGUUUAGCUGCAAACGGAUUUAGUACCGGUCCAGGUUUUAUGUUUAAUGUAGGCCAAGGUUUUGAGAAGAGUGAAGAAGAGCUUAGUGGUAACUCCAUAGCUACAAAGAAUGUAGGAGGAGAGAAGAUUGUUUCGGGUAGCCAAGGGAAGAUCUGGAGGGAUACCAUCAAGAAUGCAAGCCAAAAGCCUUGUUCAAGCAUGGAUUCUGACUUGAGAAGUAGUGAUUUUGUGUUCUCGAGUGGUGCAGUUUCUGCUGCGAAGAACCACGGAGAGAACGAUGAGAGGAAGGAAGUCCAAACAUAUAGCAGAAGCGAGAACGGAGAACAAGAUGAAGAUAAGGAGAGUAAGAAAAACAACAAUUAUUGGGCAGACAAGGAUCAAAUUGCAGAUUCUAUCAAGCAUCUUGCAGCUCUGCAUGACGCUCUUUGGAAAGAGCUUAAAAAUUUCCAGGAGCUCGGUAAGGAAACUUGUAGAGAAGAGAAGUCAACAUCCUCAGGAUCACAGGCACUGAUCUUGAAGCAGAAGGUAAAACAUCUCCAACACAAACUCGAGGAUGCUAGAGCUGAUCUCGAUGCAAAGGAAGCCAGGAUCCAAGAACUUGAAUAUUCAAAAAUUGAAUCUGAACUUGAAGUCAUUUUCCAGAGAAAGAUCGAAGCUGAAAUCCAUCACUUGGUACUCACAAGAUCUCUGAGUUCAUCACUACAAGUACUGAAAGAACAACCGAACAAGGUACAUUCUCUGGCUGAAGAUUCUGAACCAAACCGUGGAAACAUGUUGGGGAAAGCAUGCAAGUCCAGUUUCUAUUUCUUGACACAGUUGAUCUUGCUCGUCUUCAUACUUCGGCUAUUGCUCCUCCAGGGCUCUCCUGCUUCACGAUUAGUUAUACCAACUUGAAAACAGUCCCUAGACUUCACCGUUCAUGUUGUGUUACCAAACAUUUUUAUUUACCCAGAUUUCCAGUUAAGAAUUCAGAGCAUAUACUACAAGAAACAAUGUCAAAAUAUACAUUCAUUCCAUUAUCGCUAUUUACUAGCAUA